AUGGAAAGUUUAAUAGUAAAACGAGCAAAAGUUCACCCGUUACCACCGUUGAGUGUUGAUGUGUCAUUAUCGGUAACCGUUAAAAUUCACAACAAGGUUUUGUAUUGGAUGGAGCUAGCUGAAGUUGACGUCGGCAUCAAGUAUCGUGGGCAUAAACUUGGUCACGUGGAAACGAGGGGUUGGCACGUGAAGGGAUGGGGUUCAGAACAUGUGUUUGGUGAGCUUGAGUUUGGGGGACUUCCUUCUCCAGAUGUGGCACAUUUGAUGCAGGAUCUGGCUAAGAAGAGGGUUCAUUUUCACACUGCUGUUGGAGUUGUGGGAAACCUUGGACUUUUUGCCUUUCACUUCCCUAAAAUUUUCAAGGUAUUAUAG